AUGUUCAAACAUUUCUGUAGGUCUCUAAGGUCAAAAGUAGCCAGAAGAAACCUGCCCAAUGAAAAAUCUGACAAUAUAAAUGGAAAAGAUCUCAAAGAAGAGCCAAAAAAUGAACCUGAAAAAGACCUAUCGACAGCAGGCGGUGAUACAGUAAAUGGAAAAGAUCUCGAAGAACAGCCAGAAAAUGAACAUGGAAAAGAUCUAACGACAGCAAGCGGAGAAACAGUAAAUGGAAAAGAUCUAGAAGAACAGCCAGAAAAUGAACCUGAAAAAGAUCUAUCGUCAGCAAGCGGUGAAACAGUAAUAAGAACUAUAAACUAUGAAACAGAUAGCAACAAAACAGACAAACAAAAUGAAGAGAUGCUUGAAUCAGUUGAGGCACCAGUAUCAGAACAAAUAAUAGAAAGCAAAACAAAAUUUCAGGAUUCUAAUGAAGUAAAUUUGAAGCCAUUUCCAAUAGCAGUUUCUCUCAAAUAUUUUUUGCCAAAAGACGAAGAAAUUGUUAAAAAGGUUAUAGAUCCAUUUUCAGAAGCGGUAGUCAGAAACACUUCAACAAUGUUUUCAAGGAAAUGUCGUUAUCAGUGCUAUAAGCGUAAUAAAAAGUGCAAAAUUUGCCAAUGCAGAGAAAAUGAAAUAUUUUCACUUAACAAUGCUAUACGCAAUGUAACAGUUAUUGCCGCACAUAGCCAUUCAGUCCAAAAAGAAGAUGAAAAACCAAUGCAGAAAUACAAAAGUGCAAAAAAAAUCGUUUUGCCGAAGGAAUCCUUGAAAACUUUCGAAAAAAUCCAACUAAAACUAAACAACAUGAAAAUAUUUUAUCCAAACGUUUACGAAAGUACGGAUAAUGUUUUAGAUCAGUGGGGAAGAAAUGCAAGUCUGACAGAUAUGAAUCAAGAACUGCUAAACGCUGACGAGCUUCCUAUAAAAGCCUUAAUUUAA